CACGUGUAAAACCUGCAUAACUUUUUCUGCUGAACACCACAGGACAAACUGAGACACAUUCAGAUAUUAAACACGAAUUUAGCAGCAGGUGGAUUUGGGUUGAAGACAUUGUUUCAUAUUUUGAUUAUGGCGUUUUGGCUAUGGAUGGGUUUCUGGCUUGCAAGCUUAUUAUUGGCAGCGGUACAAGGGCGAGUGGAAAUAGAGCUAUCUCCAGAGUGCAGAGAAUUUCUCUACAUGGGAACACCACCGACAGGUCUGGAACACCACUCUGUUAAGUACAUAUGUCAGUUUUACCGCAAGAAGCCUCGCUAUGUGACUCUGUACAACAUGGAAGAUCACAUUCCUAUUUACUCUGCCUACAUCUUUAAACGCUCGGAUGGGGAGAACUGCAUUGAUGUUCCCUGGAUGUACGAGCCACAGCUGUCCACUCUUACAGAAACAGAAGAGAUGCAGCCCUUUCCUCAUGGUUACAUGCACAUGAACUUUGAAGACGCUCAAGCGAUUCUCGACGACUACACCAACGCAAUACUCUACGAGCGAGGGACCCUGAACCCAGACGAGCAUCAGAACGAGCUCGAAGACAAGGCCUCCACUUACACCCUCACCAACGUCGUCCCCAUGGUGCCCGACUUCAGCGACAGAAUCUGGAACAGACAGGAGCACAUCAUCCGCAAACGGCUGAACAACUACUGCCGCGGGAAGGCCUUUAUAGUGACCGGGAUAACCACGUCAGGGAAGAUGAUCCGUAGAGAAAACAUGAACCGGAUCGCCGUGCCCACCUACCUGUGGUCGGCUUACUGCUGCGCCGACUACGACCACAACACCCCUUUUACAGAGCGCUUUAAGUUCCCGUCUUUUGCUCAUUAUGCCCUGAAUGAUGAUGAGAAUAACGAAGUUGUGGAGCUCACCGUCCCUAAGCUGAAGGAGUUCCUCAAGAAGACAAUGUUUGUGAAUCAGAACUUUCAAAUUUUUGUAGGGGACUGCAAACCUAUAUCAUCCGGGAAAGCUGACUAAGAAAAGUAUUUUAGUUAAAUUGUGAGUUUAAAGAAAAAUAAGGUUACUACUACUAAUAAUUUCACUAUAUGAAAAAUAUACAAUAAAAGCUUUUUAACCAACAAUAUAAGCAGAAUCUUAUCAUAGAAUAUGUUUUUUUGUGGCUUGUUAACACAUGUGACAGUGAUUACAGAACUUUAUUCUCUAUAUAAGAUUUCUUAUAGUGUCAUAUAAGAAAAAAAAAAGAAAGUUACAGACAAGAGGAUGUUCAGAACAAGAACCCAGAUUGAAAUACUAAUAGAAAUCAGUUAGGGUUGUUG